CCCUUCACCAACAGUAGCUGGAAUGGGCUCCAACAACGUGCAACCCCAAACAGAAAUUUUCGGGUUCAGGACAUAAAAAAAAUCAAUAGUUUCUGUCAGGACUCAGGCUGCCAUGUCCCCCUUUGACCACCAGAGGGAGUCAUCACCUGAGUAUUGACACUGUGCUUCUUCACACUCAAAUUCCCAUCAGCCCCUACUCCCUCUUCCCAGGCUCUCCCAGCUGUUCCUCAUCAUGUCAUCACUACAUUCACACUCUACUCAGUGUGAGGUCUUGUUUCUGCACUGCAUUCAGUCCAAGUGAUUAUUCUAUCAUCUGUUACUUCUGCCUGUUUGUGUUCGCUAUGAAAACCUCUGCAAAUGGAUCCUAAUGCCUCGGCCUGCUCCUUCCAGUUUCUGUGUUUUUGUUUGAAAUCACUAUCAUGUUUACAUUGAGGUAAAUAUGUUUAAUGCUUUUUUUCUCUCUCUAUUUCCAUCAGCAAAGAUAUCCAGACUGACAGCAGGAAGAACAACUGUGUCAGUAGGAGACAGAGUGACACUGAUCUGCUCUGUGGAGAAAUCUGCUGGUUGGAAAUAUGAGUGGUUCAGAAGAACCUCAUAUUUAUCUGAAGACAGAAUCAAUGAUGGAGAAAAUGGAGAAAUCAGAGUCUCACAAGGAGGAAUCUACAGCUGCAGAGGAUUUAGAGGAGAACCAGCCAUCUACUCUGAUACAAGUGAUGAAGUCAACAUUAACAUAACAUUUUCCAACAAAGUCAUUGUGACACAGAAACCCAGCUGGUCUCAGAUGUUCAGAGGAGAGACGAUCACUCUGACAUGUGAGGUUCAGGGAGGAGAAGGAGUUCAGUGGGAGUAUCAAUGGAGAACUCCUCAGUCACAGACAUCCUGGAGAAACAAUAAAGACUGGACUAUCACAGCUUCCAACAGUGGAGAAUACAGCUGUAAGAGCAGAUCCAGAUAUGAUUUAUAUUCUUCAACAAAGUGGAGUGAAGCUCUAAGAUUAUCUGUUUCAGCACAUAAACCAAAGUCUGAACUAAACAUGACAAGUUCUCCAGUAGAGGACAGAGUGAUCCUCAGUUGUUCAGUGAAGUCUUCAUCAUCUGGUUGGAGAUUUUUCUGGUUCAGAGGAGAGAAAUCCUCCAAACUGCUGACCAAACAAGAUGCUGAUUUCCUUUCAAAUGGACAAAUCAGAGUCUCACAGGAAGGAGUUUACAGAUGCAGAGGAGGAAGAGGAGAACCAGUUUAUCUCUCAGAGUUCAGUGAUCCAGUCACCAUCAGUAGUGAGUUUAAUCCUGCUUUAUUUGAAUAA